AUGGGGAGGAGGGGAGGGGGGGGGGAGGGUUUGGGGGAUGGGGGGGGUAGGGGGUUGAUAGUUUGUGGGUUGGGGUUGUGGUGGGGUUGGGGGGUGGGUUUGAGGGUGGGGGUUGGUUGUGGGGGGGGGGUUGUGUUAAGGGGGAUAGGUGUUAAAGAGUUUGGUGGGGGAGUAUGUUGGGGGUGGGGGGAAAAGUUUAUGGUGGGAGGGGGGUGGUGGGGAUUAUGGGGGGGGGGUUGUGUUUAG